AUUUUUUUUAGUUGAUGACACGCAUGUAAGGAAAAAAUCGACAUUUGUAUUUUCUAUCGAACAUAGAACAUCUACAACAAUUAAAAGAACGCAAGCAAGUUGAGUAAAGUAUUUUUAAAAUGAAGUCACUGCUGAUUUUGUUUUUCAUAUGUUUUAUUUCAUGUUUAGCUUCUAGAAUUGUUUUUUAAAGCGACGCCAGCAAAAAUUGUACCAGUCCUAACAAAAACAAUCAAAUUAAGAUGCUCCGCGAUGACGGACACAGAGUAUAUCGUUGGCAGACGAGACUUGGAGAAACGCGACACGGAGACUGUGACGUCACAUGCCGAUGUCAACCACGUGACGUCAAUCAUCGUCACCAGAGUCUCGACAGAAGGUGCGCAGAACGUCACAGUGGCUACGGUGUCGUCGUUCGAGCCGGCGAGUGCAAAAGUUGACGGUGACAAGCUCAAGGUUACAGGCACGACAGAGCCAUCAACAACAUCAGGAGAAAAGGGGUACCUGGAGCUGACAUGGACGCAUCCCUUGCAAGACCAAGCUGGCGUCUAUGUGUGUGAAGUGUUCGCAUUGAACUCCAACCUUCACCCCGAGGCUUUGUCGGUGUCCGUUAAAGUAGAUAUCGAGGAUGCUACGAUUCCAGAUUUAAUCCAUUAUAUCUCGGAAAACGACAGAAAAAUUGAAAAUCUUCAGAAUCAAAUUGACGAGUUUAAAUUCAAGAUAGGCUUUUUGGACAACGAUGCGCAAAGUCUUACAGAUCAAUAUAAAGUUAAGUUUGACGCUAUUGCAACCGAUAUAGCUAACUUGAAGAUGGCCGCUAACAACCUGACCAAUCAGAACAUCCAGAUGGGAAACAUCACGUGCCACUCCAGCAACUCUGAUGUGUCAGUUAAGUUUGAUACACCUUACGUGUCAACACCUACUGUGUUCAUCGCCAUCAACGAACUGAGUGGAAGUGUUUACAAUAGUUACUCUUUCAGUCCGUAUGUCUCUAAAUUGGAACGAGCUGAAUUUAUCCUCAGAUGUUCAUCAAGUUCAAAUGGUUUUGGUGUUAGUUGGAUUGCUUUGGACAUAGAUAACGAUAUAACUAUUUUAAAUUAAAUUAACAAACUGUUUUAAUGUAAUAAAAUAGUAAACUGUUACUUGAAUUUAGUUUGAGUUGAAACGUGUGUGGACGUUAAAACUUA